AUGUACACCAGCUUCCAAGAGAAAAACAGCGAAACAUACCACUCGAUACCAGUCAAACCGUAUCAUUCCAGCAAAUUUGACCCAGGCAAUCUCAGCAUUGAUUCCAUACUUACCUACGAUACCCAUACGUGGCUGGCGCUGACCAACAUCCAAAGUAUCGUCAUCUAUCAGACAAGUGGUUACCCGCAAAGGUCUCCGUCGGCAUAUGCCGAGGGUUGCUUACCUAAAAUUUCGACGGGACAGAAAUUCCUCCCCUCUGCCACCCCUCCCACCCUGAUACCUACGCCAUUCCGCCCUUCGCAAAUUCCAGCGGUUCGUUUCCUAUCAGUGCAGGAGCUCAAUAAGACAGCUACGGGUGCCUGGCUUUUCCUUGCUCCUUCGCGAGCUCGAGCUAGAAAUCAUCCACAUAGCUUCCUCGAGCUUCCCUUAGCUGUUUCUUCUAACUGUCUCAACCCAACUAAGCGUUUUGACCCACGGUCCAGCCACGCCUUCAACCUCUUGUCUCUCGAGCUGGAACCUUCGAUACCAUUACGGCGACUAGAUCGCCCUGAGGAAGUUGCAGAUAUGCCUGCGCCAGGAGAGAAUGGGCAUCAUCGUGCCUCCUCUACAUCGAGGAAUGGCCAUGCGCCGCUCUACCGGCUCGACUCGAAUCAAAGCUCAACGAGCAUCUUCGAGGAGGUAGAGAUGGCUCAUGACGAACUUUUCUCUGGUCCUAUGGCCGAAAGCCUUCCUACCAGCGUUUCAGCCUUCUCCCAUCGACGGCCUCGUGCUGACUCGACGACGAGUUUUGCAUACUAUCACGAUGAACCCGAAGCCUCUCCUACUUCGUUCGAAGACGAACGCCAAAGCCUGUCAGAUGUGGGAGACUUUGCGUUUGGUGACGAGGAGGAAAGCUACGCUGAUUACGAAAACGGCGAAACCAUCGAUGAUUACAUGUCCCAACGCAGGCGAUCGUCAACGCACUCAAGAUCGUCAACGCACUCAAGAUCGUCUGUUCACGCCCGCCUGUUGCGCCAGGACAGUGGCAUGACCAACAAGAGCCUUGGUGGAGAUCGUUUAAGCCAGAAGGUCUACAUGGUGAAUGAGGACCUUACCAUUGCCAUUGCUGGCUUUCGGACAAGUCGACUUGGCUUCACUGCUUAUGUCGCACUUUGCCUAUGCACUACUGGUGUCGCUUGGCUACUACUCAGAUGGUUUCCUAGAUGGCAUGUAAAACUUUUGGGUCUGCCGUCUCCACUGGCCGAGUGUGACUGGGUUGUUGUCGAGAAUCAAUGGGGAGAAUUUGCCCUGAUGGACGUAGACAAAAAGCUGUACGGUAGACCUAUGUCUACCAUCUUUGGCCACACUGGAAAGAGCUACGGGGUAGAUGAUGAUUACGACCCAAUCAUCACCGAAUUACGCAUGCUCAACUAUCGUUAUGUUCGCUUGUACUUCAACCAGCAAAAGGACAAGUUUGUCAUAUUCAACGGCUGGGUUGACCCGAAUUGGACCGAUCCUCGCGCCGUGCGUGCUGGCAUAGACAGUGAUGAGAAGGGACUGCGAGCAGUUGUUUUUGGGAAUAACCUGAUUGAUAUUGAACAAAAAUCAACACCGCAGUUGCUCGUAGAUGAGGUUUUCCAUCCUUUCUACGUCUUUCAGAUUGCCAGCCUGAUUCUGUGGUCUCUUGACGAAUAUUAUUACUACGCCGUGGCUAUCUUCCUAAUGUCGUUUGGAAGUAUUGCCACCACCCUCAUUGAAACCAAAGCGACGAUGAAACGACUCCGCGAGAUUUCUCGCUUCGAGUGCGAUGUGCGUGUACUUCGAAAUGGAUUCUGGCGAUUUGUAUCCUCGAGUGAGCUCGUGCCUGGUGACGUUUACGAGGUCAGCGACCCAAAUCUUACUCAAUUUCCGAGCGACGGCUUGCUUUUGAGCGGAGACUGCAUCGUUAACGAGAGCAUGCUGACAGGUGAAUCGGUCCCUGUGUCUAAAACACCGGCCACCGAUGAGACGAUGUAUAGUCUCGAUUUGGCUGCACCGACCGUGUCGCCAGAGAUUGGCAAACACUUCCUCUUCUGUGGUACCAAGAUCAUUCGCGCCCGGCGACCGCAGGAAGAGCGUGAUGGAGACGCUGUCGCCCUCGCACUCGUGGUCAGAACGGGAUUCAGCACCACGAAGGGAUCCCUUGUACGGUCCAUGCUCUUCCCCAAACCAUCCGGCUUCAAAUUCUACAGAGACUCUUUCCGGUACAUCAGUGUCAUGGCUAUCGUAGCCAUGCUUGGUUUCAUCGCCUCUCUCUUCAAUUUCCUGCGGCUGCACCUUGCCUGGCACCUCAUCAUCGUCCGUGCUCUCGAUCUUAUCACAAUCGUGGUGCCGCCAGCGCUACCCGCGACGCUCACCAUUGGGACCAACUUCGCGCUGGGCCGACUGAAGAAGAAACAAAUCUUUUGCAUCAGUCCACAGCGGGUCAACGUAGGUGGUAAGAUUGACAUCAUGUGCUUUGACAAGACCGGCACCCUAACAGAGGACGGAUUGGACAUACUCGGUGUUCGGGUCGCAUCAACAGUAACAGGCAGGUUCACGGAGGUGCUUACCGAUCCAUCGUCGUUCGUACAGGCGCAGGCCGGCGGUCCAGCCCAGAUGUCAAAAUUGAGGGCAGCCUUGUACACCAUGGCAACUUGCCACUCGUUGAGGUCUGUGGACGACGAGCUGAUGGGUGAUCCACUUGACCUCAAGAUGUUUGAGUUUACAAGGUGGUCUUUCGAAGAAGGCAAACAAAGUCCCAACGAGGCAGACGACCAAGACCAGGGCAGCCUUUCGCCGUCAGUCGCCCGACCUCCAGCUGAGCAUGAUGCUCUUCUGCGAGGCGCCACUCAACAAGGAGAUCAAUCGCAAUUGCUUGAGUUGGGGGUACUGAGGUCCUUCGAAUUCGUUUCGCAGCUCCGUAGAGCAAGCGUCAUAGUUCGACAGUUUGGACAGCAAAGUGGGGACAUAUAUGUCAAAGGCGCUCCUGAAUGCAUGCGGGAAAUAUGUCGCGAAGACAGCUUCCCAGUCGACUAUGAUGAUCAGCUUGCCUACUAUACACACAAGGGUUAUCGCGUCAUUGGCUGCGCAGCUCGCCAUAUUCCAAAACUCAGCUGGGUCAAAGCCCAGAAAAUGAAGCGACACGAGGCCGAGUCUCAACUGGAAUUCACUGGUUUCAUUAUUUUCGAAAACAAGCUCAAGCCGACCACAGCGCCUGUACUGACUGAGCUACUGGAAUCGAACAUCAGUACGACGAUGGUGACAGGUGACAACAUCUUGACUGCCAUCAGUGUUGCUCGUGAAUGCAACUUGAUCAACAAGACUGCGCACUGCUUCGUUCCGAGAUUCAUAGAAGGCAAGUGGCGACAAGUGAGGUAUCUGAUUGACUCUAACAGUAAGCAGGCAACGCCGCCACUACCACCUCCGGCUGACGUUGACGCAUCAUUGGCAUACAACAUCAAUGACAUCCGCAAUUACUCUCUAGCAGUCAGCGGCGAGAUUUUUCGCUGGAUUGUGGACUUCGCGCCUCCGUUGGUGUUGCAGAGAAUGCUGGUCCGUGGUCGAGUUUUCGCGCGCAUGUCUCCAGAUGAAAAGCACGAACUGGUUGAGAAAUUGCAAGCGAUCGGGUACUGCUGUGGCUUUUGUGGUGACGGUGCGAAUGAUUGCGGCGCUCUCAAGGCUGCAGAUGUCGGCAUCUCCCUCUCAGAGGCGGAAGCUUCUGUUGCAGCUCCGUUCACGUCACGCGUCUUCGACAUCGGUUGCGUUCCCCAGGUUAUCCGUUUCAGUUGCUUCAAGUACAUGAGUUUGUACUCGGCCAUCCAGUUCACGUCCGUCAGCUUUCUUUAUGCUACAGCUUCUAAUCUCGGUGACUUUCAAUUCCUAUUCAUUGAUCUACUGUUGAUUCUUCCUAUUGCCAUUUUCAACCUCGUCUCUCGCAAGGUGCUCAUACCGUUACUGGGCCAGAUGGUCAUUUGUAUACUCGUGCAAACUGCUGUAUAUGUCGCCGUGCGAAAGCAGUCAUGGUACGUACCCCCACGUGUCAACCAUGACAAGUCGAAUAUCAAGAACUCGGAAAACACGGUUCUAUUUCUGGUGUCCUGUUUCGAGUACAUCUUGGCGGGUGUGGUCCUCAACGCGGGCCCUCCUUUCAGAGAAAAGGCGAUGACGAACUGGCCGUUUAUGACAACCAUCGUGGCAACCCUUUCAAUCACAAUAUGGAUGAUCAUUGGCCCGGGGCAUUCAGUAAGGCACCUGAUGCAACUUACCAAGACAAGCUGGGACUUUGAGCUCUUCAUGAUUCUACUCGGGGGCGUUUACUUGGUCGCGGCAUGGAUAUCAGAAAAGUACCUCUUCCAAAAGCUGGCUCGGGCCGAUUACAAGGUUGAAGAGAUGCCUUUGCGGCUUGAUCGCACACGCUGCCAUAAUUCCACUUUCUCCCUGAAUGCGAACUUCUCAGUCUCGGUUUCUAGCUCGGAUGUCAAGGAUCGUGUCAUCGAUGAUCCACCGACCCGCAUUCCGCUAGUCGAUACAAUCAUUCAGGUCAAGCUUCGACUGCUACCUGUUACUUCCAAGUCUCAUACCACGGGUGCUCGGACAUCGCUUGGGUUUCAAAGUACAAUACAACCUCACGCAUUGGGACUCGGGCCACAGAGACGGUCAAUCCCUUAUUUCUGCCUCUCUCAUUCCACUGAACCUUCGCGAAUCACCUCUACCGCGAAGAUGAACAUGGGUACGUCCUCGCACACAAGCCUCAUGAAGCUCAUUGUGAAUGGCUACCUGCCCAACGCCGUCAUCAGGAUAGGCAUUCGGCGCCAGCUUCAGGAGCGUCUCGACUCCAUCGCGAGCACGUCUCUCGGCCUCGAUUACGAGCGGAAGAUGACGUUUAUCGAGAAAUUGCGCACUCAACCCAUUGCAAUUGAGACCGCUACGGCCAACAAGCAGCACUACGAGGUUGGCACCGGUGUCCUCGCCGCAUGCCUUGGCCCCCGCAUGAAGUAUUCGUGCUGUCUGUACCCCAAGGGAGGCGAGACAUUGGCACAGGCGGAAGUGGCCAUGUUACAGACGUAUAUUGAAAAGGCGGAACUAAAGGAUGGUAUGAGUAUCUUGGAUCUCGGCUGCGGUUGGGGAUCAGGAGCGCUGUACUUCGCCGAGGUACUUCCUAACUCCAAGGUCACGGCCUUUUCCAACUCCAGGACGCAGAAGGAGUACAUCGAUGGGAAAGCCAAGGAGAAGGGCUUAUCAAACCUCACGGUCAUCACAGGUAACGUUGUUGACUAUGAGUUCGAGCGGGAGUCUUUUGACAGAGUUGUCUCCAUCGAGCUAUUUGAGCACAUGAAAAACUACGAGCUCCUUAUGGCAAAGGUGGGCAGGGCCUUAAAGCCUGGUGGCAAGCUUUUUGUCCAUAUCUUUGCCCACAGGACCACUCCCUACGAUUAUGAGGAGGGCUGGAUGACGACGUAUUUCUUCACAGGAGGCACUAUGCCUUCCACCGACCUGCUCCUAUUCUUCCAGCGGGACUUACAGAUUCAGAAGCAGUGGUGGGUCAACGGACAACACUACUCCAAGACGUGCGAGCACUGGCUGAGCAAGAUGCUUGCGCAUAAGAAAGAGAUCUGGCCGCACUUGGUCGAGACGUAUGGGGAGCAGAACGCCAGCGUGUGGUUCAACAGAUGGCAAAUCUUCUACUUGGCGUGUUCCGAGCUGUUCGCCUACCAAGGCGGGGAUACCUGGGGCGUGUCGCACUACCUCUUCGAAAAGCCCAACACUCAGUAG